AUGAUCUGUGAAUGUGUCUCAUGUGUGUUGUCUUUGCCGUCAGUGUUGUCCACUUAUAACCAUUUGGUGAACACCUUUGAGGAGGACUUCUCUCAAGACAAUCAAAAUCUGAAGUCAAGAGUCCGUGAGUUGGAGAAGAGGAUCGAGACUCUGGAGAAGAGCGUUGACCACAAGUACCCAGAAGUGGAGCGAUUGUCUUACGCCGACCGCAAACGCAUUCUCAUCACCGGUGGCGCCGGCUUUGUUGGCUCUCACCUGUUGGACAGACUGAUGAUGAGUGGACACGAGGUGACAGUCGUCGACAACUUCUUCACCGGUCGUAAGAGGAAUAUCGAGCACUGGUUCGGACACAAGAACUUCGAGCUGAUCCAUCACGACAUCGUGAACCCGCUGUACAUAGAAGUGGAUCAGAUCUACCACUUGGCAUCUCCUGCCUCUCCGCCACACUAUAUGUUCAAUCCGGUGAAGACCAUCAAAACCAAUACCGUCGGCACUAUCAAUAUGUUAGGUCUGGCGAAGAGAGUGGGCGCCAAAGUGCUGGUGGCGUCCACUUCGGAGGUGUACGGAGACCCCGAAGUGCACCCCCAGAGCGAGGACUACUGGGGACACGUGAACCCAAUUGGUCCGCGUUCUUGCUAUGAUGAGGGCAAACGAGUGGCCGAAUCCCUGUCCUAUGCUUACGCCAAACAGGAGAACCUGUCCGUCAGAGUCGCCAGAAUUUUCAACACUUAUGGCCCGCGAAUGCAUGUCAACGACGGAAGGGUUGUCUCUAAUUUCAUUUCGCAAUCUCUUCAGAACCAGUCGAUCACUGUUUACGGGACGGGAAGGCAGACCCGUUCCUUCCAAUACGUCAGUGAUUUAGUGGAGGGUUUGAUAGCAUUGAUGACCAAUAAUAUGACACUUCCGGUCAACUUAGGCAACCCCGAGGAGUACUCGAUCGAUGAGUUCGCAUCUGUGAUAAAGCAUUUGGUGGGCGCUUCCAGUAGUGAUAUUGUCUAUAAGGAUAGCGUCGAAGACGACCCCCAGCGCCGUAAGCCAGACAUAUCGCGUGCCAUUAAAUAUCUUAAUUGGUAUCCAAAAGUUCCCCUCAAAGAAGGUCUCAUGAAAACAAUUAAGUACUUCAGAGAAGAGCUGAUCCACGCAAAUGCCAAAGAAGACGUCUCUAAUUAUUCUAAUCAUAUGUUCGCAUAG